UCACAUGAUAUUGGUGGCGAGUGAUCACGUGUCUUUUUUUUUACAGCCGGGUAAUCUGGAGCUCAGCCCUGUCUAGAAUUAAUUUUCCUUCCUAAAACGCUUGUAUUUCAUCAAUAUACGGAUAUAUUUUGAGGCCUCAAUAUGCCUAUAUUCUCGGAGCUGUAUUUUAAUGUGGAUAAUGGUUACUUGGAAGGGUUGGUCAGGGGUUUUAAAGCCGGAAUUCUUUCACAGGGAGACUAUCUAAAUCUCGUCCAGUGUGAAACCCUGGAAGACCUGAAACUCCAUCUGCAGAGCACGGACUAUGGCAGCUUCCUGGCCAACGAGCCGUCCCCCCUCACCGUGUCCGUCAUCGACGAUAAGCUCAAAGAGAAGAUGGUGGUGGAGUUCCGUCACAUGAGAAACCAGUCCUACGAACCGCUGGCAAGCUUCAUGGACUUCAUCACGUACAGCUACAUGAUAGACAAUGUGAUCCUGCUGAUCACGGGCACCCUGCACCAGCGUGCCAUCUCUGAGCUGGUACCUAAGUGCCACCCUCUGGGCAGCUUUGAGCAGAUGGAGGCAGUCAACAUCGCCCAGACCCCAGCAGAACUUUACAACGCCAUCCUGGUCGACACCCCUCUGGCUGCUUUCUUUCAAGACUGCAUAUCUGAGCAGGAUCUGGAUGAGAUGAACAUCGAGAUCAUCCGUAAUACUCUGUAUAAGGCUUAUCUGGAGGCUUUCUACAAGUUCUGCUCCACUCUGGGAGGAACCACUGGUGACACCAUGUGUCCUAUUCUAGAGUUUGAGGCGGACAGGAGGGCCUUCAUCAUCACCAUCAACUCAUUUGGUACCGAACUGUCUAAGGAGGACCGUGCCAAGCUGUUCCCCCACUGUGGCAAGCUGUACCCUGAGGGGCUGGCUCAGCUUGCCCGCGCUGACGACUACGAACAGGUCAAAGCUGUGGCCGACUACUACCCUGAAUACAAGCUCCUGUUUGAGGGAGCAGGCAGCAACCGGGACAAGACACUGGAGGACAGGUUCUUUGAGCAUGAGGUGAAGCUGAACAAGCUGGCGUUCCUGAACCAGUUCCACUUCAGCGUGUUCUAUGCCUACGUCAAGCUGAAGGAGCAGGAGUGCAGGAACAUCGUGUGGAUCGCUGAGUGUAUCGCUCAGAGGCACCGCGCCAAGAUAGACAACUACAUCCCCAUCUUCUGAUCUGAACACACACACACACACACACACCAGUACCUCCCUACAUUCUGAUCUGACACACACACCAGUACCUCCCUACAUUCUGAUCUGACACACACACACACACACACACACACACACACACACACACACACACACACACACACACACACACACACACUCAAAAGUAGUGCACUCUAUAGGGUUCCAUUUGGGAUUAUGUCCCUGUCUUCUUAAAUAAUACGUGUGUAGGAAUGAUGUCCUGUUGUAAUGAGAUGACUGGACCUGAACAGUCCAGAUACUACUGCAAAUGACACCCUGGGUUGAAAUAGAUGUUAUGUGCUUAUAUAUGGAGAGAAAAAAAAGAGAACAGAAAAUGUCAUGUUUAAACUAUACAAGGAUUUAUAUAUAUAUUUCAAAAUGACUUUAAAUGAUUUGUGUUUUUUUUUUUUUUUUUUUGGCAUGAUGUAAAAAUCCAUGUCUCUGUCACGGUCCUGUUAAAAUGAGUUCUGUGUCUUGUUUGUGAAAUGAGUUGUAAAUGUAAUAAAUACUAUAUGGAAAGAGAA